AUGUCCGUGGUCGCGCGAAACGUGACGCGGCUCUCGCGAGCUGCCGCCCCCCGCGUCGCCGCCCUUGCCCGACCCAGCUCUCGCCCCUUGUCCGCAACCGCCGUCCGCGCCGUCUCCGACACGGCCCAGAAGCGCAGCGUUGUCCGCGAGAAGGAGGUGCCCGUCACCGUCUACGGCGCAGGCCACGGCCCCGGCGACAAGCACACCGUCCGCGUCACCGAGGAGGCCGCGCAUGUCCCGCUGGACAGCCCCGCCCCUCGCCCGGAAUACGACCUCGUCCAGCCGCUGGGCAAAAAGGUCUACGAGGCCAUGCCUCACACCCUGCGCAGCAUGAGCGUCUACGGCAAGGUCGUCGUCGUCACCGGCGGCGCGCGCGGGCUGGGCAACCACAUGGCGCGCGCCUGCGCCGAGGCGGGCGCCAAGGCCGUCGUCAUCUUCGACGCCAACCAGGACCUCGGCGACGAGGCCGCGGCCGAGCUGCACGACAAGUCGGGCCUCCCCGUCUCCUUCUUCAAGGUGGACGUGCGCGACGGCGCCGCCAUCAACGCCGCCGUCGACUCCGUCGUCGAGCUCUACGGCGCCCCGGACGUCCUCGUCAACUCGGCCGGCAUCGCCGACUCCAACAUCAAGGCCGAGACCUACGACCCGGCCAUGUUCCGCCGCCUCAUCGACAUCAACCUGACGGGCUCCUUUCUCAUGUCGCAGGCUGUCGGGCGCGCCAUGAUGGCCGCCGGGAAGCCCGGCAGCAUCGUGCUCGUCGCCUCCAUGUCCGGCUCCGUCGUCAACUACCCCCAGGAGCAGAGCUGCUACAACGCCUCCAAGGCGGGCGUCAUCCAGUUCGCCAAGUCCAUUGCCGCCGAAUGGGCCAAGUACAAGAUCCGCGUCAACUGCAUCUCCCCGGGCUACAUGGACACGGCCCUCAACCGAGUCCCCGCCCUCGAAGCCCAGAAGAAGAUUUGGAAGUCCUUGACGCCUCAGGACCGCCUCGGCGGGGUUGAUGAGCUCAACGGGCUGUGCGUCUUCCUCGCCUCCGACUCGUCCAGCUUCAUGACUGGUGCCAACGUCAUCAUUGACGGAGGUUACUCGUGUUACUGA